AAUCUCACUUAUUCGCUCACACAUAUUUUCUUAACACAUCCAUAUUCAUUCAAUCAUGCCUUCUGUUCAGACUACCAUUUCUACCAUCCCGGCUGGUCCGGGUAACUCUUUCUGCAAGGCUACUUGGAAUUCAUUCAAUUCCGAGAUGUCCUUCACUUCUACUACCAACUUCCAUUCCAACACUUCGUGCUCUUCUGCCUCCGGGUCUCAGACUCAUAGCGCUCGCCGCUAUGCUACCACUAGCGGGCAUAAAUUUAUGCCCGCACCCAUAGCGAGACCUUCGAGAACUAAGAAGGCGAGUGUUGGUUUGGGACUUGGACUCCCUGGUGGAGUUUUGCAACGCACUCUUCGUGCGAAUGCAUAUUCAUUCCCCAAGCCCACCAAUCUGAACACGAGCAAGACUCGUCAUGGGCUUGGCAUUUCAUUCGCUCCGAUUCCUCGUCCUGUCUCUACUCCGGUAGAGACGAUUAGCGAGUCGGAGAGAUUGGAGUUGAGGAGAUCGAGUGUGAGCGCACUCAUCGGUCUGGGAAUUUACAUUCCUACCGUACCUCUACCAGGGCAGAGCUCUGGAGAGGUUUCCAGCUGGUCUGGAAAUACACAAUCGGACCACUCCGAUUAUACCGACCAAACCAUGAAUAACAUGGAGAAUGGUCUUCCUUCACCUCCUCUCUUACCCACUCGUCGAUCGUCACCCACCCGUAUCACGACGAUCCUAGACGAUGAUGUUACACCACCGGUGGUUUCUAUUUUCUCUCCUAACGAGACACCUUCUGAAUUUAUUGCUACACCACGAGCACCUCGAAUUUCAUUUCGAGAGGCUCCUCCUGCGGAGGAUCUACCAGUUCCUUUCGCCCCAAUUACCAACAUUAGCAGAGCUUUGCCUUCUGCCAAUACCACUACCAACCUGAUGAUGGGGUUGGGGAUCGAGAACCUGAAUUUGCAGGAGCAGGGUACCAUCACCUUCGCUUCUGCGCCGUCAUCAGUUUCUUCAUCCAACACUAGCUUGAUUUUAUCUGGUGGUAGCAACUUUUCUACUACCUCAUUCGUCUUCCAGCCCUUCACACCUAUUGCUGAAGAAGAUUCAAUUACCACCGCUUCCACGUACUUCUCUUCCUCAUCUGAGGGGAGUUCUGGAAUCGAGUUGGAUACUUUGAGCCCUCUGGGCUCUUUGUCGUCUUUCUCCCCUCCCAGCUCCCAUUUCUUUGACGCUACUCCUACUGCUUUCACUAUCAAUGGUGGUGUUGAACCGACAUAUCAUUUGCCUACGAAUCUUUUGGUAUCGCCUCCUGAGAUCGUUUCUCAGUUUGCGUCUGGUUAUGGUUUGGGGUUUUCGCACAUUGUAUAUGAGACCGCUACACCUAGAAUUUCUCAACUCGCUUAGACGAGAAUGAGGACAAUAGUUUUGAUGUAUAUACCAUAGAUGCGAUGUUGGCUGGUCCAACGAAAUGAUAUUUUCUUCUGAAAUGAAACGCAUAACACUGGAAAUUUUGCAUAACCUUCAACACCAUUGCGAGCUCUUGAGCAGCAUGGUAUAAACAAUUUUUUUUACA